AAUGCAGUGCAAAUUUGACUUAAAGAGCCAUUUUGUGUGCGGGGAUCGAUAUACGAUAAAAGGUGACGCCGUGGUUAUCAGUAAUUCUUGUUGCUUGUAUUUGAUUUGAACGUUGCGAAUGUAAUGCAUUAGUAGCGGAAUUAAUCAUGAAUAAGAUGCCAAGAUAUCCCUCCGACUGUAAAGUCUACGUGGGGGAUUUAGGAAGUAGCGCAACCAAACAAGAAUUGGAGGACGCCUUUUCUUACUACGGACCUUUGAAAAACGUUUGGGUUGCAAGAAACCCGCCAGGUUUUGCUUUCGUCGAGUUUGAGGAUGCUAGAGAUGCGGAGGAUGCAGUCAAAGGAUUAGACGGGCGUACUAUAUGCGGGAGAAGAGCAAGAGUUGAACCGUCGAAUGGAAAGAGGUUAAGAGACAGGGGUCCAUCGAGGCGAGGAGGAGGAGGAGCUACUGCAAGACCUUUCCACCCCGAAGAUCGGUGUUACGAGUGUGGAGAUCGAGGCCACUAUGCAAGAGAUUGUUCUAAGCACAGGAGCUCUCGCAGGAAAAGGUCUCGCUCCAGGUCUCGUUCGCGCUCUCGGUCUCGAUCACGAUCACGAUCCAGGAACAAGUACUCCAGAUCUCGCUCUUCGUCUCGCAGCCGUUCACGAAGCAGAAGCAGGCACAACAAUCGUAAGUCGCGCAGCAAAGCAAGAUCGGCGUCCAAAGACCGGACUCCUCGCAGAUCCAGGUCUAGAUCGGCUUCAAGAUCCCGCAGCAGGUAAAACGGCGUGUUAACGGCGAGCAUAAAGGCGUGGGAGACGACCAUAAAUUCAAGACUACAAAAGAUUCUAUAAUUAAGUAGAAACGAUGAAUACAUGUCUGUUGUUCUAUAAGGCAGUUCACUUACGUUGCGUCUUUACGUUUCCAAAACUAGUUUACGAUAUGAAUGUUAAAAUAUUCUUAUAAUGGCACCGAAGACUUCCUUCGAUCAUUCUUUCCUUUCUUUUUUGUAAUUUUAAACGAACAGUGUAUUCUUUAGGUACGAUUAUCGGUAGUAAUAAGUUUUCGGUAAAUCACUUUUAAAGGUAGAUCUAUUGUUCGAUUUGUUGGAUUUAAAAGGAAUGCAAAAACGGAUGUUGUAGCGUAAUGACAUUCUGAUUGUCGUAUCAGAUCUGUAGUGUUCAGUACCACGAUGUAUCAACUUAAUAUAUGUAAUCAGUCACACGGUGUUCUUCGAAACCAAUUGAUUAUGUUUUAUGUUAUCGAGCGAGUGAUUUCGAUAGUGCCGUUAAACUUAAAUAUUUCUUCUACCACAUGUCAAUCGUCAUCAAUAAAUACUAUCUUUUAAUUGAA